AUGGUGAUGCGAAAUGUUCGCAAGUCGCACUCGACAAUGUCCGAUGGCGGAACAGGUCGUGGACCGAGUGCACAGGAAUACGAUCCGUCCGCACGUAUUAUGGUUAAGGUGAAGCAAGGCUCCAUUUAUGGCACCAAGGAUCGUCUGCCGAAUGGAAAGCCGUACUACUGCUUCAAAGGUAUUCCAUACGCAAAAGCUCCAGUAGGGAAGCUACGCUUUGCCUCGCCGGUGCCGAUCGAGCGGUAUUCGGUGUCCUACCUGGAUUGCAGUCGGGAACGCAGCAGCUGUUUGGGACGGGAUGUGAUCACGCGUGAGAUUACCGGUACCGAGGAUGGACUGUUUCUGAACGUGUAUACACCGGCAAUUGGAAGAGAAGGAACUGCUGCGGAAGCGCUAUUACCCGUGAUGGUGUUCUUUCACGGUGGCGGAAUGACCGGUGGCAAUGGCGAUAGUGGCCUGUACCUGCCGGACUAUCUCGUACAGGAGGGUACCGUUGUGGCCACGGUAAACUAUCGACUCGGUGUGCUUGGAUUUCUUUGUCUGCCGCAAGCAGGCAUUGAGGGCAAUGCUGGCUUAAAGGAUCAGCGACUAGCGCUCCAGUGGAUCCAGCAGAACGUGAAAACGUUCGGUGGUGAUCCAAACAAUGUAACGAUCUUCGGUGCCAGUUCGGGUGGCAGUAACGUUCUGAUGCAUUGCUUUUCGGACCGUUCGCGGCAGUACUUCCACAAAGCCAUCGCCCAAAGUGCUACCAUAUUUGCGGAUUUAAUCUUUCAAACGGAACCGGAAGAGCGGGCACGUUCGCUGGCACGCAUCUUCGGUUACGAAGGCACAUCGGAUGACGGUGUGCUCAGCACGCUGCGGGAUGUACCUGCACAGCGGCUGUACGAGGCUCAGUUUCUGGUGCUUUCUGCCCGCGAGCGGGAGUACGAGCCAAUCUUUCAGUUCCCCUUCACGGCCGUUAUCGAGCGCGAACAGUCGGUCGAUCCGGUGAUACUCAAGACACCGAUGGAGUAUCUGCGUGAAGUUGAUCGGCUACAAGUGCCGGUACUGUGUGGGUACAACGAUAAGGAAGGCAUGUUGGAGCUGGUGGAUAUGAUAAAGCAUCUUGCGGUCUACAACAGUCGGCCCGAGAAGUUUGUCUGCAAAUCGUUCGCCGUUGACUACUUCAGUCCGGCAGCGCGCGCCCUUGGGGAGGAACUCAAGCAGCAUUACUUCGGACAGGCGGCAAUCAGUCGGUCGAAUCUAAACCAGCUAGUGGAUCUGUUAACCGAUCGCUUUCUGGUGGGGUACUAUGUACUGUGCAAACUGUGGUGUGAGCACCAAACAAAAACUCCACUGUACUCGUACCGCUUCGCAUACGAAGGUUCACUAAACAAAGGCAAGGAGUUGUUGAAGUUUCAACACUUACCGGGAGCUUGUCACAUCGAUGAAGUGUACUAUCUGUUCAGUUCACCCCUGUUGCGCACGGAGAUUCCACCAUCCGAUCCGGCCUAUCGCAUGCGUCAGCUAAUGGUACGUAUGUGGACUAACUUUGCGAAACAUUCCGACCCGACGCCAUCGUUCGAGGAGAUGAGUUUUCCUUGCCGCUGGAAACCGAUGCGAUCGGUCACGGGUAUUGACGGUGAGCCAACGAACUAUACGAUUCUAUCGAUAGGGAAGGACAUGAAAAUGACCACCCUUCCGGAGCUGAAGCGUAUGGCCACAUUUCUGGCAGUGGCUAAACGAUGCAACGGUACGAUCGAUAACUUUGUCAUACCGCGUAUUGACUCGCGCCCCGAGAGCAGCAACAGUUAA